UGCCAUUCUCAAUCCCUAAUCUUCGGCUAUCUACCUAUCUUGGUAGUCCUAUUGAUUUUGGCGACAUGGCGCCGACCACCAAAAGCUCAGGUGAGACACACGACGAUCAUCAUGCAUAGGUACACAUCUAUAGCGCACCCAAAACUCACGUGGCGUAUUACGUAGGGGCAAUGCCUUUCAUAAUGUCAACAGGGACAAAGAAGCCCGACCCCGAGCUGCGGAAGAUGAUUAGGAGCCACGUUAUGAAAGGCAAGAACCGCGGAAGAAUACUCCGUCCUAACUAUCAGAAAGCCGUAGAGCUGGAAGUCAUAGUAGACCCGGACGGAAAUAUCCCCAAGCUAGAUAAUGGGGGUUCUUGGAGCUUAGUAGUCCCAGAAUAUCUCCCUGCCAUUCCUAGAAAUAUCGGUUCGGACUUAUCGCUCAUACGGUUCGCGGAUGAAAUAGACGAGCCUACUGUUAAUACCAUAAUAGAGUUCUCCACCAUCGCGAAGAAAGCCCUAUUUCCCCUGGAAUCAUGCAUCGACUUCGGCCCCAAGAAACGAGAAUGGAUGGAAGAUCUCACAAAAGACGCCGCGUACCUCCACGCCAUGGCUUUCUCAGCACAAGGCUACUUCGAUCUACGACGCGGCCGCGCGCCUUCGACGAGUAGCGCGUUAACAGACCCUCACGUCGUUAAGACACUUAGGCUACUACGCGAGAGACUUGAGACAGUGGAUCAUGGAGACAUGAUGCAGUUCCUAGCCAAAACGGCUGCGAUAGUGCUCUGUCUCGCGUUCCACGCACAUCUGACGGGCGAUUACUACGCGGCUAGACACCAUAUUAACGGGUUACGUCGGAUUGUUGACUUGUCUGGGGGAUUCGGAGUCUUGAAACAUAACGCAAAGGCCAUAGUAGAGGUUCUUAGGUGCGACAUCGGUAUGGCCUUACACAGCGGCACCCGACCCGUUUUCUUCUCGGACCUCGAACGGGAACCGUACUGGCCAUACCCGGAUUUCGCGGCCCAUGCAUGUGACCCCGCUUGGCCCCUACUCAACGCUGUAGAAGACGAACCAUUCCUCGGAAUCCUCGACGGCGAGAUAGCAACCGCGUGGCGAGUGACGAAACGGUUCAGUACACUACUAAACCACGCCGCCGACACACGGAGCAAACUUCCGCAGGAUUACCUUCUAGACACCAUGGCCUCCGUCGCCUACCGGCUAUUACACAAAUCCUCGCUUUUCCCACGGAGUUCCCUCGACGAAGCCAUGCGUCUAGGCAUACUAGUCUUCGUGUCCAACAUCUUUCUUCAAUGGGCCGGCGUACGGUUGCCGUAUACGCAUUUCCCCGCAGCGUAUCGGGAUUGUCUCGUCAACCUAAAUCUCAAGUCCCUAGAUCUUUCUCUUAGUAUCCCAACCAUAUCCGAUGAUAGUAGCGAUGUUAGCAACCCGCCUCCAUUAUGGUCAUCUCAGCUCCUUCUGUGGCUGCUUACCAUCGGUCGCAUAUCUAUAUUCGAUUCCUCCGACGGCGACAGGUGGCUGAAGCCCUGGCUACGCGUUAAUCUAGAUCUGUGCGGCGUGCGCUCCUGGUCCGCGAUGCGUGGCGUUCUGGACUCGUUUAUGUGGGUCGGGAUCGUGCAUGACGUACCUGGGAAGUCCCUGUUUGAUUCAACUAUGUCCGCCAGUCCGUCAUCGUGAUUUGCUUCGUGGGGCUAAUCUAUUCAUAUUAAAAAGAUAUUGCUCGAAGAACAGACGAUGGUCUAUUGAGUACGGGGUUCUGGGGUAAUGGCAUGUUUUGUAAGAACCAAUUAAGCAGGCGGCAAUGGUUAUUUAUAGCAAUUAGAUACUAGGUACCUAUCAGACGAGACCGUAGGGUGCUAAUAUACUGUAUUCUGUUAACUUGGUAAUUCGACGAUAGAUAUCGAGGGUUUGUAGCCCCAAAUUCGGUUCGCACAAUGUACUUCAUUCAUAUCCUCACGUCCUAGGUUUCACCCAAUUCAAUGGUUGGAUUCUUGGUUAGGUCGAU